UUCACCAUUUUCAGAAGCGAGCGGGCAGGCGGGGCUGUUAUUCCGGGCGACAGUCCUUUAUUUUUGCAACCGCAUCACUUCCCUCCCAGUGGUAUUGUGAAGAAAGAAAUGGGAAGCGGGAGAGGACCAGCUGCAAGGCGCGCCCCAUUUAAAGCGGAGGCGCGAGAGCCGGGCCGUCACGUGACGCGGUUCCUGGAAAGUUCUUGGAAAGCGGCCUUCGCAUUUUUACUAUUCGAGGGAGCUGCAAGCGAGGGAAGCAAGGAAGCAAGGGAGCGGGAAGACAGUGGAGGGUUCUCGGCUGCUGCAAGCCAAAGCAGCACCGACUUAGCUCCUGACGCGCCUCCUUGUUUUGAAGUUGGUGAGGUGUUGGCUUAUUGUGGUCUGUCUGCGAACCACGAGAAACCUUCACCCUUUCUUUGCUAGAAGCGAAGAGCCACUGCCGGCUUCAGUUCCUGCAGCAGCACCAGAGCAAACAAAUAAAAGGGAAGGGGGGGAAGCGCCCCCCACGUGUAUUCCGCCCUCUUUAUUAUGCCAGCCCCUCUCCCCGUGUGGUUGGUGGCGCGCGCGCCAGGGAGAAAAUCCCUCCAGCCAGCCAGGAUUGUUUGCUGUUAUUUGCUUGGCGUCACGGCGUCACAUGAAUAUUUCCUGCCCCUGGUAGUAACAACCCUUUACAGAGAAUAAUAACCUAAGCCUGGUCAUGGUCGAUCGGUCUCCCUCUUUGCAGCAGCAGCUGCUGCAGCCGCGCUUCUUCCCUUUGUAGUUUCUCUCUCUUUGCUUUGCCACAAAAGCGAGGCUGAGUAUGGUAGCGGGCAAGCAACUGCCUCUGUGCUCGCUUUGGCCUACCCGCUCAUAAACCCUUUUUUUAAAAAAGGCAAGAAAGAAAAGAGGAAGCGCCGGGGGGGGGAAAAGAAAAAUCGGAUCUAUACAGCGCUUGUCGGCAGAGGCGAAGGGUUGCAGGUUGCUGACUGGGGGGAUCUGGAUGGGUUGGGAUAGCCGCCAGGGCCUCCGUUAAGGGCAAGGCCCCUUCCCCUAACGCCGUGGCUCCCUUGUCUCUGCCCCCAAAUGACCCUGCGCUCGCCCGAAUCCUCGGAUGGCAGCACCGACAGGGCUGGGCCCCAGUGGGAGGCUGGAGGAGCGGCGGGAGAGCCUUCCGAGGAGGAGCGCCUGGAUUUUGCCAUGCGGGAAUUGAGACUUGCAGGAUGGUACUGGGGUAACUUGACUGUUGCAGAAGCCAAAGAGAGAUUACAAGAUAAAUCUGAAGGCACUUUCUUGGUCAGAGACAGCUCACACUCGGAGUACCUGCUUACUAUUUCAGUAAAAACAUCAGCAGGACCUACCAACCUACGCAUAGAAUUUCAAGAUGGUAAAUUCCGACUGGAUUCUAUUAUCUGUGUUCGAUCAAGGCUCCGGCAGUUUGACAGUGUGGUCCACCUUAUUGAAUAUUAUGUUCUUAUGUGCAAGGAUAGAACUGCCUCUGAAAUACCUUCCAAUGGAACAGUCCAUCUUUAUUUGAAAAAACCUCUCUAUCAUUCAACUCCAUCUCUGCAACACUACUGUAGAGUAGCUAUAAACAGAUACACAAAUGAGAUCCAGGAACUUCCUUUGCCAACGAGACUGAAAGAAUUCUUGAAAGAAUAUCAAUAUCAGGUAUAAAUAUAUCAUCUACUCUGCCUUGUUUUUUAAAUAAAUACUGAAUACAA